AUGAGCCAUGGAUCACAAAUGCCAGGGCAGUUGGAGGAUGAGAGCAAUGACCUCACUCAGACCCCGCCGGAGAGUGGCCCUCUCCAAACACUGAGUCCGAGACCGCCACCCAACACUCAAUGGAAGGCAUCGUCGCGGCAAGUAGAGGAGACUCUUGCUAAGGGCCUGUCCAAUGAGGACCUUUGGAUGUUGAUCCGCCGAUUCGACAAGCAAAUCUACCAUGUGAAAGCGGUUCGUGAUACUGCUGCUUUGAACUUGGAUCUCAAUCGCACUGAAAAUGAGAAGUUUCCGCCGGAAAAGCUGCGCAUGACGCUUGAGAGGUUUUAUAUUUCCGUGGUUGUCGGAGUGACCGAGUUCAUCCGCCAUAUCACUCGCUUGCGAUCAUGGAAGGAACCAGCGAGAACGACAAUGUUCUGCACGGGCUACUUCGUUGCUUGGGCCCUGGAUCUCUUAGUUCCAACCAUUAUGGGUCUUGUCGUAGCUUUAAUAAUGGUUCCGCCUGUUCGGCUAUUAUUAUUCCCUGGGCUGGCAAGAGCCGAUGGCCCAAAUGGAAAAAAUUCAAAAGGAGGACAAGUACAAUCCGAAGAUAGCCUCACGGGUGCCCCUGAAACCCACAAGGGUGAAACCGCUGAACAAGAAGCCAAAAAUAUGGUUGACAGCUUUGCCACUGUUGCUAUGGAGAGUGCGGCGGCCAAAUAUGGUCAAACGGUUACAGACGACUCAUCCGACGGGCCUGCGCUCAUUGAAAGCUUAGAAGCUGUAGAGGCUGCAGCCGAAACCCCGGCCGGCGAUUCUCCUGAAGACAAAACCAAGAAACCCAUGAAAAAGAAGGUAUCACAUGCGACUGAUAAUGUCAUGCGUAUGCUGAGCGAUAUUACUGAUACGUAUGAGAAAUUCGCCAACAUCCUUUCUCCAACACCUCCGUUCCUUUUGGUUACAUCUAGACUCCGACUUGCGGGCAUCUUUACCCUGGUGUCUGUUAUUGUAUCAUUCACAUCUAGUUAUUGGAUCAUCAAGAUAAUCGGCUUCGCACUUGGACUGGGUUUCUUUGGAGACCCAAUAUUCACCUACACCCUUGAUAUGCUGGACAGAAAAGUACCAAACUGGAGAGACCAGCUCGAUUUAAAUAAGACACUUUUGGCUGGCGUUCCCACAAAUGCACAGCUCACUUUGACCCUGCUUCGAAUUGGCGAAAUUAAUUCUUCGCCAUUACCACCCGCCCCGUCAUCUGAUGAUAACGAGCCGGUAUGGCCCCUGCGCCGUAAAAAGUCACAGGCAGCGAGCUCUACCGACGUCAGCAGGCAAGGAUCAUCCGUGGACCUUCCGUCGACGGUCUCCACCACAUCGCUUUCAGAAACCAAGGUGCCAAAGAAGAAAUUCGUGUUCAGGCUCUUCAAAUUCUUCCGCCGCACAAUUGCCACGGCAAUCAAGGGGCAUAUCGCCUUUGACCGGGCUAUUGCCAUCGCAGGGUCAGCACAUACCAAGAAUUUGCUUAGCAUGCUGCAAAAUGGGCACUUUGCCUCAACGCCUCUGGGGCCCUUGAAGUUCGAUGCGAAGUUCGAACGUAAGAGAGGCGCAGCAGUCAUUGACUCGUCGAAGGAGCCUCCUAUCUUGUAUUUUACCACAUAUCAAUCCGCCGGGCUGGAUGAUUUACGCAUAGAAAGUAGGAAGAAGGGAUCUGUUCUGUUCCAGAUUCCUGUCACCGAAAUCAAAGAGCUGAAGAAGACGGAGGGACUAGGGUGGAAGGGGAAAUUGAUCGUUGAAUUGACGGCUGGGAGCAAGGAGGCUGCAGAUGGGCUGGUUGUUAGCGGUGAUGAGCUGGGCCAGUCUUAUCAUCUUACUGGUAUGAGAUCACGGAACCAACUGUUCAAUCGGUUGGUUGCUAUGGAUGCUCAGUUCUGGGAAAGUCGUUGA